GUACGUGCGGCGGCCAUAUUUUUCUACCGUUCUUCAAGGGUAUCUGAAGGCACAGGGCUAGACGACAUGUACCGAUUUGCUAAAGCUGCUGUGAACAUCACGGGUCAGGCUGCCAGGCAGGUGAGGCAUGGAUCCACGGCUCCUCAGAACUUCCACACCAAGUACGGCACCGGCCUGAUGAUCGGCGGAGCUGUCUUCUGCACAGCUGUUUGGUCAUAUGUGCUGACUCAGACUGGAAUCACCUGGAAUCUGUCGCCAGUUGGGAAGGUCAUGCCCAAACCUUGGAGAGAGUCCGAGGAGGAGUGAAGAGCUGUCAUGACGGACCUUUGUCCCUCCUAAUAAACCUUUGGUUGUACAGAUGAAUAACAGUGAAUGCCUGUGUUAAUUCCAACAUGUUAUUUUGUCCAAUAAAUUAAGUGUAAUUCUA